AUGUCAACGUAAGUUUUUUUUUCGUUGUGCGGCCGACGAUGUUUUCAUUUUCGCUUAUUCUGUUUGCAAAUGAGCUACAUUAGGUGCGAUAGUGGUUAUAAUUAAAAAUUGUACCCAAAAAUACACGUCACAAAACAGAUUAGACUGAUAGCAAGGCACAGCAGCAGGAAGCGAAUGUUAGCGAUUUCCUGGCGCUGGCGCAGGCGUUGCCUUUAUUUGGUGCAUAUUUAGUUUGGAAUAGAAGUGUAGCCGCUGGAAUUGCUUAGCGCCAAUAAGCCAAGCUUUGACCUUUGCAACGAAAGCAAUCGUUAUAAUACAAUAGUACGAAAAUCAGAAACGCCAUAAUAAAAACACUUAAAUUGAAGUAACACCAGCGAGGGAAUACUAACAACUGCAACUGGUGUCAUCUUCAUUUACUAUUUCUUAGCACUAUUAUAAGUUGAACGAUUUUUACGGAGCCGGAGUAACUAGCAAAAGCUAUAGUCGAUAUGGCAUUUCAAUCAUUGGUUAGAUUCUAUAUGGAAAUACCGACCGUGACUCGCAUAUAUACAACAGCAUGUGUACUGACGACUGUAGCUGUGCAUUUGGAUCUGGUGUCUCCACUACAACUAUAUUUCAAUCCUACGCUCAUACUUUGGAAACUACAAGUUUGGCGACUUGCCACAACAUUCCUAUUCUUCGGUUCAGUGGGCAUAAGUUUCUUUUUUAAUAUGGUUUUCACAUAUCGUUAUUGCCGGAUGCUGGAAGAGAGCUUCUUCCGCGAUCGCACAGCAGAUUUCGUCAUGAUGUUUCUCUUCGGUGGUGGAUUAAUGAUCUUCUUCGGUCUCUUCGUGAACUUACUGUUUCUGGGACAAGCGUUCACAUUAAUGUUGGUUUAUGUGUGGUCCCGACGAAAUCCUUUUGUGCGUAUGAGUUUCUUUGGCGUACUAAACUUUCAAGCGCCUUACUUGCCAUGGGUCCUAAUGUGUUGUACAAUGAUACUGGGAAACACUAUUUGGGUUGAUGUAGUUGGAAUGGGCGUGGGUCAUAUUUAUUAUUUCCUGGAGGAUGUGUUCCCAUUUCAAGCGAACGGUUACAGAAUCCUUAAAACCCCGCAUUUUCUGAAAGUUCUUUUUAACGAGCAUAUUGAAAACAACAUUCCUCCAUGGGUAGGCGAUCGACCGGGCGGUUACCAUUGGGGUGCCGAUGAAGCAGAAAAUGUAGGCGCACAGGUAGCGGACGCCGGCGCCGCUGCCGGCGCAGGUGAUGCCAACGAUGUUAACCAACGAUAAAAUUAAACUACUUUGUUUUUGUACCUCUACCAUCCAACGUACUGAGACAAUUGCACACAUAUUUCAUUCAAGAAAAAAACAAAUGGGGAUAGCAGAAAUGUCUUAGCACAUACAUAUAUACAUUUAAAAAGUAAAUAAAUAGUGAAAAGGCAAUAAAUAAAUCAACUGUUUAAAAAUAUAAAUCGAAAUUAUCAAUAUCA